CACCUUGGCAUUGGAAAAAGGGAAAUGGCGCAGAUGGCCCACCAAGUCACCACACAAUUUUCCAGGCAAACCCAGUUAGCCAAAGAAAUGACGAUAAGCACCUGGUCCUCUACCUUAUUUAUCCUUAUUUUAAGGCGAUGUGAGCAUGGAACAUAAUUUUGGAAGCUGCAGGUCUCCAAAGCCUUUAGUCACAACAACACGUCCAAACCAGCUAAGCAACCCGUGGUUUCCAAAUCUAUGGGGAGAAAGUAAAGUGUCGAAACUGUUCUCUCUUUUCAGUUUCCCUUUGUCUGAGGCUGCAGAAUGCCUGCGAGAGACUUUGUUGGUGUGGCGCCAGGCUCAGGACAAAGGCAUCGGCUCACCAAAGGAUGUGGCUGCCACCUUGCACAGUCUGGGAAAUGUCUAUCGCGGACUCGUGGAUGCUACGUCGGCACAGCGUUGUUUUAGCGCUGCUUUGCAGAUUCGAGAGGCUUUGCUGGGAGCUGCGCAUCCCCACACUGCACGUACCCGGCACUGCCUGGCGCUUGUGGGCUGUUCUUUGGGCACACCUGGAGAAGCAUUGGAGGAGCUAAAUCUGGCCAUGGACGGCUUGCUUCAGAACUUGGGCUCCAAACAUCCCUGGACUCUGCAGGCACGCCUGGAUGCUAAUACCUUGAUGUCUUCACGGCCCGGCAGUGCCGGAUCGCAGAACUCCAUGGGAAUCUGAAACAUUCUGAGACAUGCCACGGCUUGGUCAGCUCGGG